AAACAUUUUUUGAAGCACUUGGGGCAGAUCAAACGUUAUCGCAGUUAGGUAUAAGCUCACGUGAGCCAUUACACAAGGCUAAAAGUGGUAGUGUAAUUGAACUUUGAUUUAGAGGAGGUCGCUAUAAUCAUCACUUCUUCUCUUUGAGUUUGAGGAAAGUUUGUGUUGGUCAGAAGUAUUGUUAGAUAUGUCAGAAUCAGAAAGUGUUAAAAUACUAACUCUCGAAGAAAUAGCAAAGCACAAUGAUAAGAAAUCAACAUGGGUUUUGAUUCAUUACAAUAUUUACGAUGUUAGUAAGUUCAUUGAAGAGCACCCUGGUGGUGAAGAAGUUUUGCUGGAACAAGCAGGAAAAGAUGCUUCAGAAGCUUUUGAAGAUGUGGGCCAUUCAACUGAUGCUCGUGAGUUAAUGAAACAGUUCAAAAUUGGAGAAUUAUGCGAGGAAGAUCGUAAGAAACUGCAAGAUGUUCAAGAAAAGAACUUCUGGCCAGAAUCAUCUAGUAACAAUAAUAACAGCUUGUGGUUCAGUUGGUUGUUUCCAGUUGGUGCAGCCCUUCUGGCUUCCUUUGCUUAUCGCUGGUAUGUUUCUUCUCAACACUAGUUGAAUGAAGAAGAAUUCUAGAAUCAUUCAUUGAACAAGAAAAAUUUUUUUAACAUGAAAGUUAAAAAAAAAUUGGUUCUAUCUCAAUGAAACACUAAUUUAGAAUAUUUCCAAAUGAAAGCUUUAUCUAGUACAAAAUGUAGUAUUGUUGUUAAUAAUUGAAUAAUCAAGAAUAUGGUUUAAUGUUUAAUUUUGUAAUCAUAAAAAAAUCAUUAGUUCUUAUUUUGACCAUGAUAGUUUUUCCAAAUGUCAGAAACAACAAAGAAGCAAAUAAGCAAGUAUUCUAAAUGAUAUCAGAAAGUAGCUUAUUUUGAUCAUUUUAUAACUAUUGAACAAUAAAAGUAUUAAACGUUUUUAGCUUUGAAAUUCAUUUUACAUGCUAUUUUAAAAGAUAAAAAUACCCUGUGUUACUAAACUUUUCAUUAGAAAUGUACAGUUCUGAAAUAGACUAUGGCUUGGUUAGAUCUACUCAAUGUUGGAAAUCAGUGCUGUCAAUAAAAUGUGAAGUGUGAAUAGACUUUUAUGAAAUAAAUGUUUGCUGCUACCUGAAA